AUGCACCCUCCCAAAAAAAAAAAACCUCUCUAGCAAUGCACACCAAACUGAGCAUGUUCCCCCUAGCGCUAUGUACUAAUGUACUAUCAGCAAAUGGAUUGGGGACUGUAGAAGAAGGGGAGGGUCAGAGAUGACAGGAUCAAACAGCCUUAUUAGACAAUGUGGAGGAUUAACCCCUUAGGUUCCACAGUAAGUAUAACAAACAUGCUUUACUACCAGGGGCGGACUGACAACUCAUGGGGCCCCCGGGCAAUAGGGGAUUAUGGGGCCCCUGUGUCCUUGCCCAAACUCAAAAAAGCCUAUGAAAAAAGGUACCAGGGGCAUCUCAUGGGGCCCCCUACUGACUCCGGGCCCUCGGGCAGUGCCCGAGUUUUCCAAAUGGUCAGUCCACCCCUGCAUGGGACUGACAAAAAAAAUGAUGUCCAUGUUUUCUGCUCCAACCAACCCAUAUCACCAUCAUAUGCCAGUCUAUUCAUCUUGCAUGCCCAGAACACGCUACGA